AUGGCGUUCUAUAGGAAGUAUUUUCCAGAGUCGAUGAGAGAAACUAAGGAUUUAGAGUUUAUGCAGCUGAAUCAAGACUCGUUGUCUAUGGCCGAAUACACUAGUAGGUUCGAGAAUCUCUGUAGGUUCUCUAGGAUAUGUCAAGGUGCCCCGGAGUCCUAUGAGAGUUGGAAGUGCGUUAAAUAUCAAGGAGGCUUGGAGGAUAUCAUUAUGGCUAUUGUGACUCCUUUGGAGAUUCGAAUCUUUUUCGAGCUUGUGAACAAGGCAAGGGUGGUGGAAGACUGUGCCAAGAAGGAAGCUAAGGUGAGAGGAAAUCGUGGUUAUACUGACAACCGAGCUCGUGAUGAUUACCUUGGACCAAGAGGACAGAAAUUUAAGAGAAAUGGUGAAGCAAAGUCGUCAAGAGCUUACUCCCCUGAUUUGAGGUGUCAAGAGUGUGGGAACUACCAUUCGAAUAAGCCAUGA